AAGGACAACAAGGCGGCUAAUCCUGCCAAAGACACCAAGGAAUCGCCCAUUGAGGAGGUCUCGUUGAACGAUGACAAGGACGCAGAGGCAAAGCCUCCAGCACAGCCACCCAGACCGGUGGAUCCUCUCACGCAAGUCACCAACGACUUGAAGGACGCCUUCCCCAACAUUGAAGACAAGUUGAUCACUGCGGUGUUGAUUGCGUCGCAGGGAAGCGUGGACCCAGCUUUCAACGCGUUGUUGUACAUUUCGGACCCCUCGUUCAAGCCAGAGAUCCCAGCACCAGUGGUGCCCAGCAACAAGGCAGCAGGAAAGAAGUCGGUGGCGUUCUCGGAGCACGCUCUCACCGACGACGAGUUGUUGGCCAGAAAGUUGCAGAAGGAGUUCGAGCUCGAGGAUGAGAGAAGAAGAAGACGCCACGCUGAGAAGAAGAGAAACGCCCAGCGCGGGUCCCAAAACCAGCCCCAGAGAAACCCUGAUGAUAGCCCCGACGAGUUUGAACAGAUAAAGGAGACAUUCACCCAGGGGCUCGAGGAAGCUCGCACCACCUUGAACAGCUGGGUCAGUGGAAUAGCUAAGAAGUUUGACGGCAACGAUGACGAGUACCAGGAGAAGCCCAAGCAGAACACCAAGUUAUUCGGUGCGUUGGGUGGAUCGUCAUUCAAUUCCAACAACAAGAGACAGAACGCCAGAUUCGACGAGGAUCCUGAGAUUCUCUCGCACGACUUCCACAACAGAAUCAGUUUGACUGAUAACGACAAGGAAGAAUUGCCAGCAUUGCCAAACAGAAACAAAGAACAAAGUGACAAGGGUACCGGGGCUGGGCCAGGAUCCAAACCUUUGCCAGCUGUAGGCAAGAAGUGGCAACCAUUGAAUUCGGACGUUCCAGCCAACUCAGAUGCCUUUUUGGUCACCGACAGUGAAGAUGAGGACACUGGGGUUGCCAACUACAACACCAAGAAGUGA